CGACUCGGCCGCGCGUACUGCUACGAUCGCGCUCUACGGCCACGCUACGCCGCCGCCACGCUACGUUACGUAGCGUAACAACUACGCCGCUACGGCGCGCCGCGAUCUUCCCAAAUACCUGUGACUGUGUGUACGAUACCGAUGAAUUUGUUCAGUGCGUACGCGUGAUCUGUGAUAUACCGUAUGUGUGUGUCGACGUCACUACUUGAAUAAGGUACUUGAAUAAGCCAUUCUGCAUUUUUGUGUGGAGAUUAUCAGCACGAAAUUGGUAUCUACGUUACAACACUUGUAGUUCGAUCAUGAUUAUCAAUAACAACAAAACGAAACGACUCCGAAAAUCGUGUAAUUCGUCAUAAAGCAAGACAACCGUUGCACGCUAUAGCAUCAACGUGGAAAUAGUUUCAUUUCCAUUCGGUCUAUAGGUAGUUACGGUAACGAGUGGCAGGUGUCACGGGUCGCGGGAACAUGAGGCAGGACGGUGGCGGGGGAUAGCAUGACAGCGCCAGCCACGGCGGCCUGAUGGCGCUAGUGCGCCGCAUAUUAGGCGACGCCCAGGCGAAACUACGUAAAAUGGUUGAUGAGCAAGUGUCGGUGGGCACACGGGUCGAGGCAGAUGCAGAACCCGAGCCCGCCGAUCCUCUCAUCACCCCGGCGAGCUCCGCCCUAGAGAGGACCGACUUGGAUCCCAGGCCGAUUCCUCCCGAACGGCGGCUCCUCAUCGGCACUUUAGAUAAACGUAAUGGAUCCUUAAAUGGGGACAAAGAUGGGACUAUAAAUAGAACAACCAGACUUUCCAUUAGAAAUGGAAAAGAUAACCCAUUUUUAGAUGAUGACAAUAAAGAAAAUCAAGCAAAUGGCAAACUGGACUCUCCUGUUAAAUGGUCAAUACAAAACGGGAGUGAUAGUGGAACAUACGCCGAAAUAGGAACAGGAGGUAACAGCAACACCAGCGAAAGAAAUAUCCUGGAUCCUGCAGACAGUUCUGAGGAAGAGAUGCCGCUACCAGAUGCCACGUCACCGGGAAGAAGUAGUGAUGGACCAGAACCAAGAGCAGAUAUCACUGCGACUUUGGAUGGAGAAGCGGCGUCUCCUGGAGGUAGAUCCGACAGAUCGCGGCAGGAGGAAGUAUUGGCUUCUCCUGGGAUGCUUACAGCGGCGCAAUUGGCCAGAAGAUUAAGGCUAGAGAAUGAACGAUUACAGGCGGAAUUAACAAGAGUGCGCCGAUUGUUAGUGGCAGCAGCCGAACGGGGUGAAGCCGGCACGGCGUUAAUAGAGCGAGCGAAGGGAGAAGGCGAACAAGACGCAACACCACUUGACCCACAACAGCUAGAAAAGGAGCUGCUACUCGCCAGGGAAGCUGUCAAUUCGCUGAAAGCUGAUAAGAAGAGAUUAAAAGCGGAAAAGUUCGACUUACUGACCCAAAUGAAGCAGCUUUACGCGACACUAGAAGAUAAGGAGAAGGAAUUGCGAGAUUUUAUACGCAAUUAUGAACAGAUGCGCUCAAGAGGCGGUGCAUCAUCGGCUCUGGGCGCUGAGAGGGCGGAGCGGGAGCGAGAGCGGGCGGCGCUAUUGCGUCACGCGCGUGACGAGGCCGAACGUUCGCUGCAGCUCGCCGCCGCACUCAGUGCACGUGAUACACAGCUUAGACACGCCCGGGAACAAUUGUUCGAGGCACGGAGGCAGCUGCAAGCCGCCGGAUGCCUGUCAGAAGGCGAGAGUGUUGCAUCCCUCGGCAUAGGACCUCCGAUGAUGCUGGGCGGGCCGUCGGGCCUCAUCGGGGACCGAGGCAGCUGCAGCGCCGACUCAGGUGUCAGAGUAACAGGCAGCAGCGACGGUGGCGCCACCUCUGUGUGCGGUGGGAACUUAUCUGACUCCACAGCGGAAGGCGCGCCUCCGACCCUAGACGCUUACGAUACAGAUGCAGCAUCGCUCGUAUCAUCUGCCCACCACCUUUAUCAAUUAAGCACGCCCCGGGAUUGCAGUCCGACCCUGUCGCCACAUAAUAGUGCUUCGCCGUUCACGCGAUCCAUCGACGCCGGCUCACUAUCAAGGUCAGUGGAGCAGCUGUCGAGUCCGGGCGAGUGCGAGGCGGCGCUAGUGGGGGGGCUGAGAGCGCGCGGGGCCGGCAAGGGCGGCCGGGGCCGCGGCUCCGCGUGGGGCUCCAUAUCGCGCGUGUUCGCACGGAGCCGGCACCGCACUAAGUCUGGCAGCGCUGUCGUCAGCGGACACGAGAGUGAACCAGUAUACGCCGGUACAGGGAGCACGACCCGUGCGUGGUCACCCCUCGGCAGCGAGGCAGCGCUGCGUGAAGCGGCCUCGCUGCCGCUGGCGCGGUGGCGCGCGCCCGCGAUCAUAGCGUGGCUGGAGCUCGCGCUCGGCAUGCCGCAAUACGCUGCCGCUGUCGCCGACAACGUCAAGAGUGGAAAGAUCCGUGCUUUGAAUGGGCAGGUUCUGCUCGAGUUGUCGGACGCUGAUUUGGAAGUGGGACUGGGCAUCACGCAGCCGAUGCACCGCAAGAAAUUGAGGCUAGCGAUAGAAGAACGAAGAAGGCCUGAUCUCGUGAGGAAUCCGAGUAUAGGCCAGUUGACGCAUGCUUGGGUCGCCGCUGAAUGGUUGCCAGAUUUAGGAUUGUCGCAGUACGCGGAAUCAUUUUUGGCGAAUUUGGUGGAUGCUCGAAUGCUGGAUACAAUUAGCAAGAAAGAAUUAGAGAAAUAUCUAGGCGUAACAAGGAAAUUCCAUCAGGCUUCCAUUGUCCAUGGCAUUCACUUGCUUAGGAUAAUGAAAUACGACAGACAAGCUUUAGCAGUGAGACGCCAUCAGUGCGAGAACGUCGACGCAGAUCCUUUAGUUUGGACAAACCAGAGGUUCAUGCGAUGGGCACAUAAUAUUGACUUAGGGGAAUUUGCUGAUAAUCUUAAAGACAGCGGAGUACAUGGUGGGCUAGUUGUAUUAGAACCUUCAUUUACUGGAGAAACCAUGGCAACUGCUCUCGGAAUACCGCCAUCCAAAAGUAUUAUAAGGAGACAUUUGGUAGCUGAAUUUGACGCUCUUGUAAUUCCUGCGAGGAAUAUGUUUGGUCACCAAAUUAGAAUGUUGGGUAGACCAUUUUCGAGAUCGGUCGCCACUGGAUUGCCGGGAAUAGAUCUUAGUAGUGAUUCUAGAAGACAUAGUUUGAGGGGUUCAAUAACCCGAGCACUGGGGGCACUCAAACCAAAACACGAUCGAACUUCGCCUUCGAGCUCAAGCGAAAGCUCAAGCGUACUCAGUUUGACGACGCAACAAUAUCAAAUGUCAUACUCGCCUCCUAUCGCAGUCAGGACACUGUCACAACUGAGUAUGACAUAUGCACCUCCGCCAACACUGCAAGAGUACGAGCCAAUAUAUACACCAUUGAGUUUGUAUUCGCAGUCCAGUGUUUCCACCAGAGACAGUUUGCAAAGACUGAAUGAGAUUAAGGAGAACGCCGGAAUUACACAUAGGUAUGGACAAAAAGCGGACCAUGCCCAUCGUGUGAGCUCACCGUUGCCAGCUAAGUCUGUGGACGACAGUGGCGUCAAACAGAAGCGGCACAGGCGGGUGAAGAGUAUCGGUGAUAUCAACGCCUGCACCAAGGCAUCAGUCUAGAUAAUUAUGUCAAUUGUAAGAAACUGGCUCUAUAUUGAUAGAAAUUCAAUCAAAGUGGCGAUGUAAAACGGUACAUUCUCUAAUUUCUUAUAUAUAUAUCCUAUUAAAAAAUUUCUUAAUAAAAAUAAUCAUUAUGCUCACACCACUAUAUGAUAAAUAGAUACUAUAGUUUCUUGUUAUGAACCAUACACUUAUAGCGAUAAUGUCAAACAAAUUGUAUUAAAUGCUAUGCGUGCAUCGUACAGAUAUUGUCUCAAAGGUAUAAAAGAUAGUAAGCGUAAAAAAGCAAGCGGAAGAUAAUAAAUAGAGCCAGUUGUAGAAAAAAAAAAACAAAACGAUUUUUAAUACAAUUUUUGUGAAAUAUAACUAUUUAUAUAUGUAUGUACCAAUAAUAACGCAUAUCAAGACAUUAAAACUAAUUUUAUGAAAGCAUCACAAUUAGACUGACAACUUAUGUUUUACAUAUGAAUUUCGCUUAUCUUAUUACAUAUAAUAUUCAGUGACUGAAUAUUAUUAUAUUCAGUGCUCCAUACUACAGUAUUAAGUGUAAGUUUUUAUACAUUUUUUAGUAUAAGUUUUCAUCUGAUACACGUGUAUUGUAUUAAUUUUGAUAAUGUAAAAUUCUGUAUUUACUUGCCCAAUAACACUGUGAUAAUAAAUUACUCACGCGAUAACAAACCAGGCCCUUUAAACAAGUGAGUAACAAUUCUGUCGGUAGACACGUUUUUGUUAUCGCAAGCAUAAGAAAGAAGAAGACGCCGAAUAGUUCUGUCUUAUCCUAUCUCAUGUAAUGUAAAUGUAUCUAAAAAUAGUUUCAUUGGCCACUUGUUUAGAAGGUCAGGAGUAUCUGAUUAUAUUACCGAUAUAUUUACCAAUUUAUAUACGAAUAUUGUAAUGAAUACAAACAUUCCCAAUGAGCUUGACCGUUAUUAUUAAGAUUUUAUUGUGUUAUUUUGAUAUCUGUCUAUACACACUAACUUAAAGGUUUAUUUUUGUUGUUGUUGUUUAACUUAACUUUUUUUUUUUCGUUAUGUGAUAUAAAUUGAGUUACCAAUUCUGUAUUUUUUUUUCUAUAAAUAUCAUAAAUAAAUUGUAUAAGAUAAUAUAAAGUUUCAUUUCUAUGAAUAGAAUUUACGCAAAC